UACAAUGGCAAUUUGGAAAUCAAUUAAGUUAUGAAAAAAAAUUCCACUAAUUGCCUUUCUUUGUGGUCGAUGUCUUCUAGAAUAACGGACUGCGAGCAGAGGUGCACUGUUAAACGUCGCUCUUUUUCCUCGACCAGAAGCGUUAUUUGACGUGUCAGGCAGAAGGAGGAGUUGAAAAGGCUACUGUGAAGAAUGAGUUGGUCAUUUGCAAGGGAAUCCAGUGGAGGUUGCCAAUAAUAAAGGCUUUCUGGAAGAUGCCUAGAAGAAAACAGCAGAAUCCACAACCUGUAAAGUUGGAUUCUGAAGAUGGCUUAGGCACAGUACGUCCAGCAAGCCUUACCUUUGAGAGCGACUUUCUCCUGGGACAAGAACUUGAGUUCUCAGAUCCUGACAAUGACAACAGGAUCAUAGGCCUUGAAAAGUUCUCAGCUGACAUCAGUCUAUCUGGCUUCCCCCUUGGAGACGAGGAGUGCUCCCCCUUCAGUCGCCUCAGUAUGGAGAGUGAUGCUGAUGACCUGCACACGACCGAAAGCGAGCGUGAAGAAAGGGGUUCAGAGUCUGCCUUUGCAUCGUACCUCUCUUGCCGGGGCUGUAGUCAGGUCUUGGAUGACCCUCUGGGAUCCAGCAUGGACUUAGUAGGGCCCUACUGUAUGCGCUGCUGUAAAGGGGUUGUGGAAGAGAGGAAGAUUUGCUCAAGCUUAGAAUUAUAUGCCGAGUCUAGAGGGGGAGGGAAUGAGAGUGCUGGUGGCGAGGACAGUUCCCUGAAACUCCACUCAUGCAAACUUUGUGGUUUCACAUCACGCUACACUAAUCAUGUUAAAAGACACAUGAAGACACACAACGGCGAGAAGCCGUAUGGGUGUCCUUUGUGCUCUUACGCGUCGGCACAGCUGGUGAACCUCCAAAGGCAUUUGCGCAUACACACAGGAGAAAAGCCCUAUAAGUGCAACAGCUGCACUUUUGCAUGCAGUUCUUUAGGGAACCUGAAGAGGCACCAACGCAUGCAUGCAUCCGUAAACCAUGCUCAAAGUGAUCCUCAACCAAUGAGAGACAACAGUUUAAACUGCACUGCUGUAGGUCAAAGAGAAAUGGAUGUGGCUUCUGCCCCCAGUGAAGAUGCUGUGCAGUCUGAAUCGCACCCCCACAUGGGAAGGGAUGUGAGCUACUUGCAGACCUUUGAUGGCCUCAGGUCAACACAGCAAUCAUCAACAGCUGCAUUGCAGUCAGGACAGACUGCUUCUGAACCGGCCACCCUACCCCCCAUGUUCUUCCCCUUCACCUGCCGGCUGUGUGGCGUGGUCCUGGAUGAUGAGGAUGGAUCCUCAGCCCAGAUUUGUGCCAAGUGCACACUGGAGAUGCUGACUAAGGACACAUCAGGCUGCCCCACAGAGCGAGGGGACAAGGUCUACACCUGUGCCUCCUGCCCCUUCCUUACCCACUACCCCAACCAUCUGGCCCGCCACAUGAAGACCCACAGUGGAGAGAAGCCAUAUAAGUGCCCUCAAUGCGACUACGCCUCCGCUCACUUCGACAACCUAAAGCGACACCAUCGAGUACACACUGGCGAAAAACCCUACAAAUGCCACCUGUGUGACUAUGCCUGCGGGAACCUGGCUAAUCUCAAGAGGCACCAACGGGUACAUUCGGGCGCCAAACCCUUUCAGUGUGCAAUCUGCAAAUACAGCUGUAACCAGAGUAUGAACCUGAAGCGCCACAUGUUGCGCCACACAGGGGAGAAGCCCCAUAAGUGCCAAGAGUGUGGCUACACCACCGGCCACUGGGACAACUACAAACGACACCAGAAGAAGCACAGUCUGGCCACAGAUGACUGGGUUAAAGUUCCGAUGCCUGGAAAUGAAGAAGAGGUGGAGGAUGAGGAAGAGGUGUAGCCUUAAAGCUAGGGUAUAUUUUGUUUGUCUGCAUACCGUAUGUGAAUUUCCUAUAUGUAGGAUGGCAGGGGGAGUGAACAUAAAUUACUCUUCCAAUGCCAUCCUAUGUUGUGUAAAUCCACACGGUCUUGCGCACAGUCGGGUGUUCCAGCCUUUUAAAGUAUACUUUUUUGACCGCAAACCUGUACAAAUGCAUUAGACGCAUGCCCACUACGACAACUUUGUCGUAUUCUUUAGUACAGUCAACUCCAGGCGCACGCACAGAUGGACAUUCUCGGACACGGACAGUCCAAGUGUCUAUAAAAAUUGGGGUGUACACAUGGACUGUGCUGAUGACGAAAUUUACAAAUGGGACCCGGAAAAUCGAAGUAUCAUUAAGUCUUUAGAAGACGAAAGUGUGGUGUUCUGAGUAUAGGGAGUGAGAGAUUUGGAAUUCAGAGCGAUACUCUAGGACAGCUGUCCACAAGAGAUAUAACUUUAACAGAAGAAGUUUUAGUGAUUCUUUUACCAUAUGCCCAGAGCAUUUUUGAAAAUCAUUAUUUUAGCCAUUUGUCAUAAAUAUCCAGAAGCUGCUACACAAAGUCAUGCACAACUUUAAAGACAGUCAUUUGAAUGUUUUAAUGCCUUUUGAAAAAGGUAGUUUGGUUUACCCAAAGCUCUCAAAGAGCAUUCUGAGCCAGACCUCGGUUCAUUUAUCAGUGCCAAACAGACGCUACUGCACCACUGCCAUAAUAAAGAAACUCUUUUUUUUUUUUAAGCAUGACAUUGCAUGGCCACUUAUGUUUACCUUAGUUAACUGCUUGGUUAACUCUCAGUCCUAAUGGAAAAUGCCUUUAUAGAUCACAAUUAUUUUCAAAACAUGAGUUUUGCUCUAAUUAAUUCUGGGGAAUGUGUUGCCUUUUUGAUGUUGUUGUAUCGUGUGGACUGUGAAAUGUAAUUUGUCUGAGUUUACUUGAAGCAAAAUGGUGCAUAGUGGAUAUUCGUGUCAUGCUGAACAUACAGCUUUUAUUUUUGUAUGUGAUUUUAUUAUAUUUUAUCUCUGAGGAAUGCUCGGCAUGUAUUUGCAACCUGUGGCAUUAUGUUAGCUAUUUUGGAGGACAAAAGUAAACCCUAUUAUGCAGUAAAACUUUCAGGUUGUCAAAUUAUUGAAGGUUAAGGAAUUUUGUAGGUGUGUGGUGUUUUCCUGUAAUUAUGCAGUGGUUUAAUUAAUGCCUUAAAUAUCUUAAAAAUAAAACACGU